CAUUGGACGGAUGUCGCGGCACCAGGCAGUGUAAUCCUCAUGCAACAGCCAGCCCAUCAAAUAGUCGCCGUACUAGGAGACAUCAUCGCAACCCGCUACAAGCAACGAGGUAUACUCGCCGCUGUCGUCGACGGUCGGGUGCGAGACAAUGCCAGCUGCGGGGACCUCUGCGCGGAGGGGGAAGGUUUUCAAGUCUGGACGAAAGGUCUGUCGUCGGUGGGGACGAGUAUGCAAGCGAGACCGUGGGCUGUGGAUGUUCCGGUCCGCGUGGGAGGAGUGGAAGUCAAACCUGGGGAUGUGAUUUGGUUGGAUGAAGGAGAGGGUGUGAGUUGCAUUGUUCGGAGGGAGAGACUCGAGGAGGUGUGGCGGUUGUUGCCGGAGUUGAAGGAAGCGGAUGAUGGGGUUUUGGAAGAUGUGAGGAGGGGAGUGGGGUUGAGGGAGGCGUUUGAGGCGCAUGCUGGGCAUUAUGUUAAUCGGUGA